GCAAAUGUUCAGGCUGUUGACGAAAGGAAAAGCUGAGAACUCAACCUGUGACAAGUUGGGUGGGGAUAGACCAGGGAAUAAAACUGUUCUCCCGAGCCUUUCGAGCAAGAGUUUGUUGCCAUAACGAGGCGAAAAUGAAGUGUUCGAUUAUAGUAGGAAUUUUUAUUUGCGGCAUCCACGUUAUCGCGGCUGCGGAUGUUAAAUCGCAAUUUGAAACAGCAAGCAUCGUCCCUGAUAUAUUAGACGCAGCACCCGUCGAAAAAAUUGAGGUCAAGUACGGAGACAAAGUGGUCGACUUUGGAAACGAACUAACGCCAACGGAUACGCAGCAGAUUCCCGAGAUCCAUUACAAACACGAAGGUGGAGUCCUUUACACGCUCGUAAUGACUGAUCCUGACGCCCCUACAAGGAAAGGGUACAACCGAGAGUUUCGUCAUUGGCUGGUAGGAAAUAUACCAGAAGAGAACGUUGCGAAAGGAGAGGUCCUCGCGGAAUACGUGGGACCGGCACCACCGAAGGGAUCUGGGAAACAUCGUUAUGUCUUCUUGGUGUACAAACAGAAUCAAGGGUCCAUCACGUUUGACGAGAGAAGACUGAGCAACAGGGACGGUCCUUUGCGAAAGCGGUUCUCCAUAAAAAAGUUCGCCGAGAAGUACAACCUUGAGGGACCUAUAGCAGGGAACUUUAUGAGAUCGGAGUACGACGACAACGUGCCCAAGUUCUCGAAGCUUCUAGGGUUCUAAGAACAACAGAUCUUGGUUUCCUUUAUCGUUAUACAGGUGGUGGUACGAACGGUAACAUAAACGCGGUCGUUGCACGCGAUACGUAUAACCAUUAACGCACGGUGUAUAUACAGAUCUACAGAAUACGGUGGAGCAGGACAAUAAAUACUUCAAAAAUGGAUGGAUACGAGAAAAUCGAUCGAUUCAGUUUAUUUUCGUUGGUGUCGUUAUAAAUAUAAAAUGUACCCUAUGUAGAUUUCGAAAGCGACUCGUGGAUGGCUUUGGUGGUUCGCGAGUCGUUUCUUCGUCCGAAUCGUCACGAAGCGAUCAGAUUCGUUGAAAGAUCGAAUCUCCGAUGUACACUGGAUCAAGAAAGCUUUUUAUCGUUUACGAAAAUACUUUGUUGACCCACUGUAUCUCUUGGUACGCGUGUUAGGUGCGACGACUAGAAUACGAUACGAUAUGCUAACAAGGAUCCUCCGCGACGAUCGCGACACCCUAACCCGUCGGUUACACUCGCGAAAUCGAAAUCGAGUCGUCGCCGUGCGAAUCGUUCGAUAACCUUAGCACUACGACGACGGCAAAUACCAACGAGGAAACUAUUAGUACCGAGUAAGUACUAAGAAUGGUCGAUGAGGUUCUGCACAGUAAUGGCGAUAACUAUUCUUUUCUUUCUUUCGUAUAUUUUAUAUUUGUAUAUGAAUACAAGUUUCUAUCAUAAUUAUGUUUGUUUUCUAUUUUCGUUAAUUUUCAAUUCGUGAUAUACUAAAAUGUCUAUUCUAUAAAUGGGAAUAAAAUGAAGGAAUUUAAGACUUUUAAUAUUUAAUCAUAUACAUAUAGUAGGCUUGAAUUUGUACCAGACAAGUAUUGUUGGCACGUGGUGAGACAAGCACCUCACCAAAUACACUCCUUUUAAUUCCUUUACCUGGAUCAUAAGAAGAGUAUGUAAGACAUACUCUAAAAAAUAUCGAUCCAUAAGUCAGAUCUAGGGGAAAGGGAUGUAGUGUUGAUGUGUGUAAAAUAUAGCAGGUAUUCAAUGAAAUAAAAGAAAUUCUGGAAUAUACUUUUCAUUGACAUAAAUACAAAAUUUUAAUCGAACGUCCAGGACCUACAAUUAGUAACAUCACAAAAAUCAAAUCACAGAUUAAAGUAGAUAACCACGUACAUUGCAAGUAGUUUUGCAAUUAAAGGAGUACACUCGACGUGUGAAACAUGAGAGUAUGUCGCUUCACUAUCACAAGAAGAGUACAGCUGGUAACCCUACUCUUAGCUGAAAACUUGUUACUUCACUGUUGCAGAUGACUAGACCACCAAAACUUUAACAUUAACUAUCUCGCAAACUAUUAAUCGUAUUACCACAAUCACUGGCUUCCGUACUCGAAGCUCUAUCACUGUGCAAAACCUCAUCGACCAGCCCGACUCUGCACCUAGGGUCUCCUUAUAAGAUGCUAAGGAUAUCGUGCGACACGACAAGCGGCAAAGGACAAACGAUACCGUCGGUGAAAUUAGACGACGUUCGCGCGCGAUCGAGAAAAUUCGUUUCGAUCGACGCGACUGGUAGAGUUUCUCACCGACACUAAGGAACUUGUUAAAGGAGAGUCUCUCUCUAGAGACACGAAACAAGACGCGUGACGACGCGUGGCGAGGCGAGGCGAGGCUAAGUUAGACGUAGCGUAGCAUGGCAUGGCGCGAGGCUUUUUCAUGGUUGGGAAUCUCGAGAACGACACAGGAUCCCCGUGGCUCGUUCGUGAAUUCAAGGUAAAACCAGGUCUGGGAAAACGGUAAUGUUCCAACAGAGUCGAUGAUCUCG